UCCUCUGAGAGCCCCAUAGCUACAUGGCAACAGCGGUGCUUUGCUCUAUACUCAGAGUGAAUGGCAAACUCUACAGUGAAGUUGACAGAGCCUUGUAACUUUCAGGAGGAUGGGGAGCUGGAAGAAGGAGAGCUGGAGGAUGAUGGAGGUGAGGAGCCCCACGGUGCUUCCGAGUCACAUGAGAAGAAUCGGAAGGAAAGAAAUGAGAAGCACCACAGUGACUCAGACGAUGAAAAGACUCACCGGAGGAAAAGGAAACGUCGGAAAGAACGAGAGAAGGAGAAACGGAGAUCAAAAAAGAAAAGGAAGUCCAAGCAUAAGCGUCAUGCCUCCUCGAGCGAUGAUUUCUCAGACUACAGCGAAGACUCUGACUUCAGUCCGAGUGAAAAGGGACACCGGAAGUACAGGGAGUACAGCCCUGUCUACUCUUCCACCCACCCGCCGUACUCAUCAUCAUCUCACAGUGCCCCAAAGAAAGCCUAUUCCAAAAUGGAGAGCAAGAGCUAUCCGAUAUAUGAGGGUUAUGAGAAUGAGGGGUAUUGUGACUACGAGGGGGAAGAAGACGAUGACAUGGGGAAAGAAGAUUACGAUGACUUCACCAAGGAGUUGAACCAGUACCGAAGGGCAAUGGAGGGGACACACAGGGGGAGAGGUGGUCGUGGGCGAGGGCGAGGCUACCGUGGGCGUGGAAGAGGAGGAAUGAGAGGACGAGGCAUGGGUAGGGGCGGCCGUGGCAGGGGAAGAGGAGACCACCCUGAGGAGGAAGAGGAGGAACUCUAUGAAGGGGAAAUGGAGUACUGCGAAGGCGAGGAGCCUCCAGGUGAGGAGGACUAUGACGACUAUUCCAAAGAGCUGAACCAGUAUCGCAGAAGCAAGGAAGGCAGGGGGAGAGGUAUGGGUCGUGGCCGAGGCCGCUCCAGAGGGCGAGGAGGCAAAGGAAUGGGCCGGGGAAGAGGCCACCGCGGAAAAGGAGGCGGCAUGGGCAAAGGAGGGGGAAUGAAUGAAGAAGAUGAUUACUAUGAUGAUGACAUGGGGGAUGGUGGUGGUUAUCGGCGGAAUGACCACGAUAAAUCCCACCAGCAAUCGGAUAAGAAGGGAAAAGUCAUUUGCAAAUAUUUUGUGGAAGGAAGGUGUACCUGGGGGGAACACUGCAACUUCAGCCAUGAUAUUGAGCUACCAAAGAAGAGGGAACUGUGCAAGUUUUACAUCACCGGUUACUGUGCCAGAGCGGAGAACUGUCCCUAUAUGCAUGGGGACUUUCCUUGUAAGCUGUUCCACACGACAGGGAAUUGCAUCAAUGGUGAUGACUGCAUGUUCUCCCAUGAACCACUCACCGAUGAGACACGGGAGCUGCUGGAUAAGAUGUUAGCGGAUGACGCUGAAGCAGGAGCAGAAGAUGAGAAAGAGGUGGAAGAGCUGAAGAAGCAAGGCAUCAAUCCAUUACCAAAACCACCUCCCGGCGUGGGACUUCUGCCCACCCCAGUGAGAAGGACACAGUUACUGGUAGGAAGGAUAUGGCGGAUGGGCUGGCACGAGCCCCUCUCCCCUCAGCAGCUGCAGCAACAGCAGGACAUGUACAAGAAGAUCCCCUCGCUCUUUGAGAUCGUGGUGAGGCCCACAGGGCAGCUGGCUGAGAAGCUGGGCGUGAGGCACCCAGGACUAUCUCCGCCCCGGUUCCCUGGGCACCCCGACAUGCCCCCGGAUAUGCCCCCGGACAUGCUUCCUGACAUGUGCCCGGACAUGUGCCCAGACAUGCCGAUGGGUCCGGGAAUGAACCCACCCCCUCCCAUGGGCCCCGGGCCCCCAAUGAUGCCCUUUGGCCCCGAAGACAUGCCUCCUGGACCACCAGCACCAGACUUCUAUGACAACUUUUACCAGCACCCAGAAGGCUUGGAGAUGGACCCAGGCAUGAUGGGAGGCCCAGAGGGUUACGGGGGCUACGAAGAGAUGCAUGAGCUGCCAGGGGAGAACAUCUUUCCAGAUCCCAGUUUGGAGCCCGACUUCUGUGAUGGAGGGGUCCCAAGGCUGCAGAAGCCUUCCCCCAAUGUUCCUGAUUUCCUGCCGUCCACCCAGCGGGCCUUGUAUAUGCGUAUCCAGCACAAACAGCAAGAGGAAGAGGAGAGGGCUCGCAGGCAGGCUGAAGGCUUCAAGCUGGAACGGGAUCAUGAAGAAGGUGAUACUGGCAAUUGGUAUUCCAGUGACGAGGAUGAUGGCAGCAGCAGCGUUAGCUCCAUCCUGAAAACGUUACGCCAGCAGAGCUCCAACCGGCCCCACGAAGACCCCUCCGGACAUACAGGCCCUGCUGGGGGCAGGGGUGACCCUCGCCUUCAAAAGAGUCAACCUCCAGGGAGCAGCCGGCCGGCCGACCCUCGUCUCUUGCGUGACCCCAGGCUUUCUCGGAACGUGGAGACUUCCACUCCCACCAGCGCCGGGGACACGGGCCCCAUGGAUCCCCGGCUGGCACGGCACCUCCCCACCUCUGCCCCCAAACCAGACCCUCUGCAUUCCAGCCUCAGCCCCGGCCAGAAGCCUCUUCCGACCCCAGAGGAAGAGGAGGGAGAAAGAGCGCUCAGGGACAAGCCUGUCACCAUCCCCCUGGAGGCACUGCCGAACCAGGUCCUCAGGGACCCACGCGGCCAGCUGCAGCAGUUCAGCCACAUCAAGAAAGACAUUGUCCUGUUGAAGCCCAGCUUUGCCCGCACAGUCCUGUGGAGCCCAGAGGACCUGAUCCCGCUGCCCGUCCCCAAGCAGGAGUUUGUCCCAGUCCCGGCCGCUCUCCAGGCUCUGCCUGCCCUUGACCCCCGCCUGAACCGGCCUCCCAACGCCAGCCUUUCUGACCCUAGGCAGCGGGGGACCCCGGCAGCAGCAGCCCCGGCAGAGGCCUCCUCCUCCUCGAGCUGCAGCUCGAGCCUCCCAGACUUUGAGCUGCUCUCCAGGAUACUCAAGACCGUGAAUGCGGCCGGCAGUCCCGGGCAGAGCGACAAGCCCAGCGACCCCAGGACACGGAAGGCCCCUGCCGACCCGCGGCUGCUCAAAGCUUCCGACUCGGCCUCCUCGGGGGCUUCGAAGCCCUCCGAAGCCAAUGCCUCAGGGACCACCAGCUCCGAGACAGUGCCCAGCAUCGCUCCUUAUGACCCUCGCCUGCUGACGGCGGGAGGGCUGAGCCGAGGCGCCGGCCAGAGCAGCAGCGUCCUGAGCGGGAUCAGCCUCUAUGACCCCAGGACUCCAAGCUCAGGGGGCAAGGCUGCGGAGUCGGCGGCUGGCGGCGAGGGGAGCCCCUCAGCAAAGGGCCCGGACGCCAGCAAAGGCGGCGGCAACAACAGCCGAGGAGGGAAGGAGCCCCUCUUUGUGCACCGCUCAGCCUUGGACCAGCCGGAGGCAGAGAAGCCAAGCACAGAGCCAGCCGCUGACAGGUACAACAGCUACAAUCGGCCGCGGCCCAAGGCGGCGGCGGCCUCCACCGCGGCCUCCACCACCGCCAGCACCCCUACCGCUGCCCCAGAGACAGCCACCCAGCCGGGGGUCCACAAUCUCCCCGUGCCCCCCGUCUACGGCAUGGUGAAGCAGGCGGCCAAGUCGGGGGCCGGCAGCCCGUUUGCCGGCAACAGCCCCGCGCAGGAAGGGGACCUGCAGGACGCGGCCUCCUUAAAGGACGUUUUUAAAGGCUUCGACCCAACUGCCUCUCCGUUCUGCCAGUAGUAUUAAAACACUUGCACGCGCAGCCUUCUGUCUGAGAGAAGCAGCAGUGCUUGUCCCUUUUUUAUGCCAUCCACGCUCCUUUUCACCAUGUCCCUUGUCUGUGCUUCCUUUGGGCCUCACACAGCGCUGCUUCUGCCGCCGCCGCCGUGUGUUAACCUCCGAGCUACAUUGUUAAGCAAGUAAUCAGAGUAUCUCAAGUAGUUCUGUCCAGUAUUGUGUGAUGCCCAGCCAAGAGUUUUCCCUCUUGGGCUUUUUUCGAGGUCUGCCUGAAAUCAUUUGGUGUCUUCAGAUUCUUUCGGAAAGCUGGGCUGCCAGCUCAUCUCACCUGCCCCUGGCUUUUCCUUUGCACAAAAGGGCCACGCCUGUAUCUCACCUGUUUCCCCUCUUCAGGUAUCGCCUAUGGGGUGGAGAAGAGGUGGUCGAAAGAGCGACAGCCAUGCUGGUCUGUAGAAUAUGUGUAUCUUCAUUUCUAAACUGUAACAAAGUGUGUAUCAUAGCCUUUUUUAAAAGAAAAAAAAAUCUAGUGCAGUGGAAAUUACCAUGGAGAAGUAACCAUGUUGGAUUAUUUUUGUAAUUGUAUUGGAUUUUUGUUUCAAGUACCUGUUUUCCUGCCAUUUCCUGGAGGUUGCUGGAUUUAGCUGGGCCAGAACACAGUGCUACGUGUAAGUCGGUGGCCUCUUGGGAAAGUGAUGUGUUCUGCCAGAACAGAGUUUGUGGUAUCAAAAUUAAAUUAUUAAUAAUCUCUCUGAUUUUGCUGUACAUCUUCUGUGCUUCUCCCCUAAAUCAGCAAGGAAUGGACAGUGUCUGAACAUCGUCUGAGGAUUGUUACUCCCCUAAAGAGAAAGUGGUUCCAGAGACCCAAUAUGAGAUAAUAGGACACUUCCAGCCUAAUUGUUCUAAGGAUCCUGUAUGGUUUUAAAAGCAGAGCCGCUUCUGUAGGCACAGAGAAGAGGAGCCACCGAAAGCCGUGGUUCCAAAAAUAACAGAGGAUCCUGAGACUCCUUUAAUUACAGACCAACAGGUUAUAGUUGCUGCCGACCUUUAUGGGCUUCUGCCCGCUAGGUGCUCUGAGAUGUUGUGUUGUUUGUGUACCACUGGCUGCCUGUGGAAGCAGCUGGCAGAGGUGGGCCGUGCCAUAGCCGUGUGCCAACCAAUUGAUUCCGUUUUGAGUCCCAAGCAGAACCUGAACAUUUUGUGAUGGAAACCGACCUGUGCCCUCCAUUCCUCCCCCCCCCCUCCCGGAGAUCCCCUCUCUUGCCUGGUGUAAUCAUGCCCCACCUUCAGAAGCGAGUGUCCCCCAGCCAGCAGAAGCAGAAGCCGUGUUAGCAGCACCCACUCCACGCGGGCUCUGCUUGCCAAGGAGUCUCUGCAGAGCCUUGGCCCUUCCUAGGGAAGCCCAGGGUGGGGAGCCAGGAGAGUUGCUGUUCUUCAGCCACCCUUCCUGGCUGUUAGUUCCCUUUUUUUCCCCCUGCAGGAUCCUAAGGCAAGAAGCACGGGGGCUGCAACACUCUCGUAGGAGGUGAGGGUCUGGGGG